UAGGAUUGCUAGGAUUGCCGAACUUCUCAUAAUAUAUUUCAACGGCGAGUUUCUCCCCACCGACAACAUAAUUUCGGAAUUGGAACCGCCAGACCGGGGGCUAACCUGUCCUGCAUCUCCAUCCCCUACUAAUUGAACCUGAUUCCUUAAUUGACCAGAAUGAAGUCUUCAGGGAUCCUUAUCACAGCCAGAAAGGGCUUACCAGCGCUCCGGACGCCCUUUCAGCGGCAAUCCCGUCUCUUCUCCCGAGCCGUUUCGUCUUCCUCGGCUUCUGAGACAAGCGUCUCGGCAACGAUAAUCACCGCGCGAACACAUCCUCGACCACGUGCAUUAUUAUUAUCUACCCGCCCUCUCCUCCCCGCUCAAACGCGUCGAGCCUACGCUUCGGCCCCGGAAACACAGUCCGAAUCUCUCAAGAAGACGGCCCUGUACGAUCUCCAUGUCGCCCACGGCGCUAAGAUCGUGCCCUUCGGCGGCUUCCAUAUGCCCGUCCAAUAUAAGUCGCUGAGCGUUACUGCCUCCCACCACUUCACCCGGAGCCACGCCUCGCUCUUCGAUGUCGGACAUAUGGUCCAGCACAGUUUCGAGGGCCCCGGUGCUACCGCUUUUCUCCAGCGGAUCACGCCCGCCGGCCUCGAAAGUCUCGCCGCCAACUCUAGCACCCUCAGCGCUCUGCUGGUCCCCGGCACCGGCGGCAUCGUCGACGACACCAUCAUAACCAAGCUCGACAAUAACUCCUUCUAUGUCGUCACCAACGCCGCCUGUCGCGAUAAGGACCUCGCCUACCUAGCCGAGCAGCUGGGGCAAUGGGAGAAGGAAGGCCGUCCUCCCCUCCGCCACGAGGUGCUCGACGGCCGGGGCCUGAUCGCGCUGCAGGGCCCCCUCUCCGAGCAGAUCCUCGAAGGCGUCCUAGCCGACCCCAAGCAAGUCGACCUCCGCGGCCUGUUCUUCGGGCAGUCCCGCACCGUGACGCUCAAGCUGCCGGACGGCCGUGAGGUCGCCCACGUCCUCGUCAGCAGGGGCGGGUACACGGGCGAGGACGGGUUCGAGAUCUCGCUCCCCGAGGCGCACACCGUCGCCGCGACCGAGGCCCUCCUGAGCUCCGCCGGCCCCGACAAGCUGCAGCUCGCGGGUCUUGGCGCCCGCGACAGCCUGCGCCUCGAGGCCGGCAUGUGCCUGUACGGGCACGACCUGGACGAGCACGUGACGCCCGUCGAGGGCGCGCUCGGCUGGAUCGUCGCGAAGGAGCGGCGCGGCGAGACGGACAUCGCCAAGGGCGCGUUCCACGGCGCCGGCGUCAUCCUCGGCCAGCUGACGCCCAAGAGCAAAGGAGGGGCGGGCGUCGAGAAGCGGCGCGUGGGCCUCGUGGUCGAGGGCGCGCCGGCGAGGGAGGGCGCCGAGAUCCAGGACGCGGAGGGCGCCAGGGUCGGCGUCGUGACGAGCGGGUGUCCGAGCCCGACGCUCGGCAAGAACAUCGCCAUGGGGUACGUGAGGGACGGGCUGCACAAGGUGGACACGGAGCUGCAGGUUAGCGUUCGGGGGCGGGCGCGGAAGGCCGUCGUCACGAAGAUGCCGUUCGUGCCGACGAAGUACUGGAAGGGGAGCGCUUAAGGCGGUUUACAUCUCGACGCAUGUAAGCCAGCUAUGUACCCGACCUAAUAUAUGCAUAAAAAAUUGCAAUGGAUGAUGAUGGCCCUGGUAAGAUAGGACUGGGAGGGGAGGAUGGCUAUCUUCUACUAUGAGAUUGCCGAUGUUACGUACGUACGUAUGGUAUAAGAACGAUGGAUGUGAAGGAUUAUUAUGAACGGGAUAGCGUCGGUGGGUUGUUAUUUUUUUUUUUUUUUUUACUUUUUUUAGGGGGGCAACUUUGAGACUUUCAACAAUCCAGGGGCGUCCGGGGUAAAACUAUACCUUACAUACAGCGCUUGAUGAUGAUAAAAACAGAACAGAAUAAAACAGAGCAGAGCAGAACGCAUAGGUAGAUAAGAUAGAUACCCUCAACGAAGAUCUACAUUACGAUUAGUUAACUACUGUUAUCUUCCUGGGUUUUCCUGUUAGUGAUACUUCUGGUUGAGAGGAUAUGAUUACCGGUUACUACACUAUGUAACUUUUCAGAGAAUUUCUUGUGUUAUCGUUGUUACUAUUCUCAUUCUAUAAAAGUCACACCAAGUUAAUAAGGAAACAACAUUAUUGACGGUAUACCUAUAUACGAGAGGUUUAGUAUAGUACUAUAUCUGGAU